GACACCAGGAUUCAAUUUAACACCAAUCAGGAAGCAUGUUGUAGGAAUGAAAGUGAUACAAGAAGUCUUGAACACAAGUGUGACAUCUGCAAAAAGACGUUUGCGCAGUUGGAGGACCUGAAGGAGCACAUACACAUGAAGAGAUGUGAACUUCUUCAUUCGUGCAAUGUGUGUCACAAAACAUUUACAAGGCGUGGCAGUUUGAAGACACACUUUCGUGUGCACACUGGUGAACGCCCAUACAUCUGUGUCAUUUGCGACAAGUCAUUCACAAAUAGUAGUGCACUGAAGAUGCACUCACGGUUGCACACAGGCGAACGUCCUUACAUCUGCGACGUUUGCAACAAGACAUUCACACAAAGUGCUCAUCUGAAGCAUCAUUCGCAAGUGCACACUGGCGAACGCUCAGACACCUGUGCUAUCUGCAACAAGACUUUCACCAAAACUAGUCACCUGAAGAUGCACAUGCAGUUGCACACUGGUGAACGUCCAUAUAUGUGUAGUAUUUGCAACAAGACAUUCAUAGAAAAAAGUCAACUGAAGCGGCAUUCACGGUUGCACACUGGUGACAGUCCCUACAUCUGUAACGUUUGCAACAAGACGUUCACAGAAAAUAGUCAACUUAAGCGACAUUCACGGUUGCACACUGGCAAAAGUCCUUAUUUCUGUGACGUUUGUAACAAGACUUUCACGCACAGUAGUACACUAAAGCAACAUUUGCAGCUGCACACAGGUGAACGCCCUUACAGCUGUGCCAUUUGCAACAAGACUUUCACAAACAAUGGCGCAUUGAAACAGCAUUUGCGGUUGCACAGUGGCGAGCGUCCCUACAUAUGUACAGUUUGCAAUAAGACGUUCACACAAAGUAAUCACCUGAAGGAGCAUUCACAGUUGCACACCGGCGAACGUGCAUACACUUGUGGUAUCUGCAACAAGAUGUUCACACAAAAAAGUCAACUGAAGAGGCAUUCUAAGCGGCACACUGGUGAACGCCCAUAUGUCUGUGGCGUUUGCAACAAGACAUUCGUAGAAAAUAGUCAACUGAAGCAGCAUUCACGAGUACACACUCGCAAGGCCUCAUAGAGCUUUGAUCUACAUAAGAAGAUAUUUACGAGGACCGCUACUUGAUGCUGACAGCUGUACUCUGACGAAAAGUCAUACAACUGCAACACUUG